CCACGCCAAUGUCCUAAAACACUGACUAAGACUUAUUUGAACAUGCCUUGUUGUCUAUAUUCCGUCAACAAAAUGAGGAGACAAAUAUUCCGAAUGAGUUCACGCGCAGCAGCAGCUUUACUUCCGCGACGUGCUGUCACUGCUGUCACCCUGUGGCUGCGACGCAAAACUACACGGAGCAAGAACACCGGAGAUUUCUGCCAGAGCAACCAAGUGAGUCAGGACAGCUUUAACAUGGAUCAUCCUGCAGCCAAGAAAACCUGCUGUGAAUCUGUGCAAGAUUUCUUCACCUCGGCCAAAUUCCUCAUUUACAUGGGACAUGCUCUGUCAACGUGGGGUGACCGGAUGUGGAACUUUGCCGUGGCCGUUUUCCUGGUGGAGUUGUACGGGAACAGCCUGCUGCUCACGGCUGUGUACGGGCUGGUGGUGGCCGGCUCUGUGCUGCUGCUGGGGGCCAUCAUCGGAGACUGGGUGGACAGAAACCCGAGACUCAAAGUGGCCCAGACUUCACUGCUCGUCCAGAACAGCUGCGUCAUCGCCUGUGGGGUCCUCCUGAUGGUUGUUUUCCAGUACAAAGAACAGCUCGCGAGUCUCUACAGUGGAUGGAUUCUGACCAUUUGCUACAUUCUGGUCAUCACCAUCGCCAACAUCGCCAACCUUGCGAGCACGGCGACGUCCAUCACCAUCCAGAGGGACUGGGUCGUGGUCGUGGCCGGUCAGGACAGCAGCAAGUUGGCAGACAUGAAUGCCACUGUGAGGAUUAUUGACCAGUUGACCAACAUCCUGGCUCCAAUGCUGGUGGGUCAGAUAAUGGCCUUUGGCUCUCAUUUCAUUGGCUGUGGUUUCAUCUCUGGAUGGAACCUGUGCUCCAUGUGUUUGGAGUACACACUGCUGUGGAAGGUCUACCAGAAGACGCCGGCGUUGGCCAUGAAGGGUGGACAGAAGGAGUCGGGGCAGGAGCUGAAACAGCUGAAUAACCAAAAAGACUUGGAGAACGGCCAGAAUCCAGAGGAAUCUUCUCAGCCUCUGAUGAACGAAGCCUCAAUGGUGGAGAAGGCCGACUCUUCCAAAGAGCAGAGUUGUUGCUACCAGGUGACCGAACCCCUGCGCACCCUCAAGAGCGGCUGGGUGGCUUACUACAAUCAGAACAUCUUUCUGGCUGGGUUGUCCCUGGCUUGCCUCUACAUGACGGUACUGGGGUUCGACUGCAUCACCACUGGUUACGCCUACACACAGGGGCUCAACGGCUCAGUGCUCAGCCUACUAAUGGGAGCUUCGGCUGUGUUCGGUAUCUGCGGCACUGUCGCCUUCACUUGGAUUCGCAAGAAGUGCGGCUUGAUUCGCACCGGCUUCAUCUCAGGCGUGGCUCAGCUGUCCUGCCUCCUGCUGUGUGUGGCCUCCGUGUUCACACCCGGCAGCCCCUUCAACCUGAAUGUGUCACCUUUCCAGGACCUCUACUCUCACUUAAUGGGAGAGACGACUCUGCUCGAACCUGACCACAACAUUCACGUGGGGGUCAAUGCCACCAGUUCUGCCCCGUCUGAAGAGCUGCCAACACCUCUGGAGUCUUACAUAUCCGUCAGUCUGUUGUUUGCUGGCGUCAUCGCUGCUAGAGUUGGACUAUGGUCCUUUGACCUGACAGUGACCCAGCUCAUCCAGGAGAACGUAAUCGAGUCGGAGCGAGGUGUGAUCAACGGUGUCCAAAACUCCAUGAAUUACCUCUUAGACCUGCUGCACUUCAUCAUGGUGAUUCUGGCUCCAAACCCAGAGGCCUUCGGCCUGCUGGUCAUCAUCUCUGUCUCCUUUGUGGCCAUUGGUCACGCCAUGUACUUCAGGUUUGCUUUCAAGAGCCUGGGUACCCGCCUCUUCCUCUGCUGCUCACCAGAGCAGAAGGUGGAGACGGCGGAAAGCCCCUCACUUCCUACCACCGUCUAACCAGGUUAAAGAGACUCUGUCCAGGGUACAUAUUUCACAAAGCCUUACCCAAACCUUGCAUCUUAUUUAUCUUACUAACACCAUAGCUUGUAGCUGGCAGAAUGCUAAUGCUAACACAAACCAGAACUUAACAUGUAGGCGGCAAGUAGAGGUUACAGUCCUAAAGAAAUGGAAUCUGUAGAAUUUUUUUCUAGACGCAGCAGGGGUUUCGCUAACUUUCACCUGCUGCUCCAUGCUACGUAGCACAUGCCUCACAUACGUCACAAAGGAUCCUAUUAAAGGUUUGUAAAUGGAUUCUUCAGCGAACAAACGUAUCAAGACGAGGGAGAAAUGUUGCAGGGAGGCGAGCACAUGAGGCUGGACACCUUUCAGUGACACCACUGGUGCUGUAGCCCGCCGCCGUGUGUGCUAGCUGUUAGCCUGCGUCAGCUAACGCGUCCAUGUAUGAAGAGCAGGUUGUGGACGUCUUUUUAUGUGAGCGAACACAAAGCUGGGAUUCAGUGUCUUUAAUGCGUGGUUAUAAGGGUUAUGCAAUUAACUGUAUUUAUUCAGGAAGAGCAAACAGUGGUUGCUGUUUUUUUUUUUUUUGUUUUUUUUCAUAUAGUAACUGUAUCAUCAGUAUUGUCGCGCGCUCAUGAUUGUGCCAUAAGAAUACAAAGAAAUCCUAUGCACCCUUAUCAACAGUUAUCUCACUUACCAAAGUCUAUGUGGUGUAAAAGGCAGUGAAAGGAAGCCAGUUAUCUGUCUGAAGCAUUGCAAAUAUAUCACGGGAAAGACGUGCAAGUUCAAUAAUGCUUCGGUAUAACCAUCGGAAUUAUUUUAACCCGCUCUGAGAUUGUACUUCCUGUUAGUUUACAUCAGUAGAUUAAUUUAGUCACCUUUUAUGAUUUGUUUCUUUUGAGUUUUUAUUUUUUUUAAUCUUGAUUGUUGUUACACAGGCACUUUAAGUGAUUGACGUGUGUCAUUACACCCACUGCAUGAUCAGGUAUUUGAUCAAUAUUUUUGCACAAGGGUGGAAGUCCUGACCCACCCACCCAUUUCAGUCCCUCAUCGUUCUGUUCUCCAGUCUGUUCAGGCGCUGCAUUCAAAAAAAGGCACAUAGUGGAACACUCGGCACCACACAGAAAAACUGGAUCAGCCCUGAGUUUAAAUCACACAGCCCCUAUUACUCAGGAAGUCGUUAUUCUUAUUUAAAGUGAUAGUUUUUUUUAAGGUUGUAUGAGGUAAAAGCUGAUUUUAGAC